CGGCGGGGGAGGGCGUGGGCUCGAGGGCGUGGAGAAGCGCCAAGUUGGUGAAGGGAGACCCAGGAAAGGCCUCGGAUCGGCGGAAGAUAGCUGACUGGAAGGACUAUCCCACCGAGCAAACCAGAUGCCUUCUUCCACUUCACCAGACGAAGACGGUGGCCUGGAGACCUGUGUUCUAAAGUUUUCUGAUCUGGAUUUAAAAGAGUCAAAUCUGGUUAACUCCAGCAACAGUCUCAAAGCAGAGUUAGAUGUCAGAACAAAGAAGAAAUACUCCUUUGCAAAGAAAAAGGCCUUUGCCCUUUUUGUCAAAACCAAAGAACUUCCAGCACCUUCUUACGAAUUUAAGGAAAAACGGUGGCGAUGUUGUCAGCAGCUGUUUGCAGAGCAGACCAGCAUCCACAGACACGUGGCAACCCAGCAUGCAGAAGCUGUUUACCAGCAGACUGCUGCCAUUCUAAAGCAGCUAACCGCAGCAGUGAGUGCCUCACAGAGUCCGGCAGCUACAGACGAAGACAGGCUCACUCCUCAUCAGGAAGUGUCUGCUUGGCUCCCUGAUAGAAGCAGCUUUAGCCUGGAUGAGCUGAGUGGCAAGAGCGACAAGGAAGGAGAGGUGCUUCUGUAUUACUGUUACUGUGACUUGGAGGACCCCCGCUGGAUCUGUGCCUGGCAGACAGCUCUGUGCCAUCACCUUCAUCUUACAGGCAAGAUUCGGAUUGCUACUGAAGGAAUCAAUGGGACUGUCGGAGGAAGCAAAAUAGCCACCAGACUCUACAUAGAAGUCAUGCUUUCUUGCCCGUUGUUUAAGGGCUACCUGUGUGAGGAUGACUUUAAGCGCAGCAAAGGAGGGGCUCACUGCUUCCCGGACUUGCGAGUCGGCGUCUUUGACGAGAUCGUGCCUAUGGGGAUCAGCCCCAGCCAGGUCUCCUACAAGAAUCCUGGAAUCCAUUUAUCUCCUGGAGAUUUUCAUAAAGAAAUAGAAAAGCUUUUAUCACAGGCAAAUCAGGAACAAGGUGAUACUAUCCUACUGGACUGCAGAAACUUCUAUGAAAGCAAAAUAGGACGAUUCCAGGGCUGCUUAGCACCAGACAUCAGGAAAUUCAGUUACUUCCCUAGCUACGUUGACAAAAACCUUGACAUUUUCAGGCAGAAGCGGGUGCUGAUGUACUGCACUGGGGGGAUCCGCUGUGAGCGGGGUUCUGCGUAUCUCAAAGCCAAGGGAGUGUGUAAGGAAGUGUUUCAGCUCAAGGGUGGCAUCCACAAGUACCUGGAAGAGUUUCCUGAUGGUUUUUACAAAGGGAAGCUGUUCGUUUUUGAUGAGCGGUUUGCCCUGGCCUACAACAGUUCUGUGGUAUCAGAAUGUUCAUACUGUGGAGCCCCGUGGGACCAAUAUAAACUCUGUUCUACUCCCCAGUGCCGCCAGCUUGUUUUGACCUGUUCUGCCUGUCAAGGACAGGGAUUCACAGCCUGUUGUGUCACGUGUCAAGACAAAGUGGGCAAGCAGGCUUCAGGUCCCGCCCAGGACAGUUUCAAAGAAGAGUGUGAGUGUACAGCAGGGAGGCCGCGCAUCCCACAGGAGCAGCGUGCGUGAUUUCCUGUGAGCCCGGAGCCAGGGCCUGGUGCUGGGGAGGCUGAGCGGCAUCUUCCAAGCAUUCCCUGAGCUUUACAGUGCAGGCUUAAGUGGCCCUGUGCAGAUUGUCAUGGUUGUAGAAACAAAGUUAGGAACAUCCAUGUUGGUCCCUGCCGCCAUAGCAGACGGCCACAGGCAAAGGCGACAGGGAGUCCAGUGCUGGCUACUGUCGACCCAUUUGAUUCAGAAGAUGCUAGAAAGAAAGUGAGCCAUGGGGUCCCAGGGGUGCUGAGGGGUAGAGCCUUGAGCGCAGUGGCUGCAUCAUGUGUUCUCUGCUGUGCAGCAGGCAGUCGUCAUUGUUCUUGUCCACAAACUCUUUUAACCUGGCAGCAAAAGGAUGGACCCUCAACAGUAGGGCCCUGGGUAUGGACUCUUAAACCAGGCCAGCUGCCAUCUUCCCUCCCCUGCGUCAGCCUCUUCCCUGGCUACCUGAAGAGGUCUGUAAUCUGUGGCACUGACUACCCUCUGCGUUCAAGUGUUUACUCAGUCAGCCUGGCCCGUUUUUCAACAAUGUGAUCAUGGCACUGCUGGGUAAUUGGCCAGAGACCGUGUGGCCCUCAGAAUCUAUCUACACUCUGUCCCUACAGAAAAGGCUGGCUCCUGGUCAGACUGACAGCUCAUCGCGCAGAGGUGUUCUCACAGGUGUCCACACUUGUAUUGAUUUGAUUUCUUGAAACAUGUCCGCCUAGCACCCCUGCAUCAGCCAGCAUUCCCUCUCUCAGCGUCUGAGUGUCUGUAGGGAUCCAGGGGAAAAGCAGGCUUCAUGUCAGCACCUGGGACACAAACACUUUCCUUAGUGAGGUCAUCCAGCAUGGUAGCUAUCCAGCCUUCUGGCUUUGGGCACAUGUCCCUAUCACACGAUUCUGAAGAAGCACACAGAGCCAUACAUACACCAAUGGCUUUAAUAUUAUUUUGCACUUUCCAGUGAUGCAGAAUGCAGCUGCAGUUGUGUUUCAAGGAGAAGCUGAGUGGGGAUGGCCGUCCCUGCAGCUUGGUGCCACUUCUGGGCCCAUGUGCAUCCUCAGUAGACACUCUUGAGUGGUGAGGCCCUGAUGUCACCUCUAGUUACCCUGUACUGUCCACAGCAUUACAGUUUAGUGUGCUCUCUUAAGUCAGAAGCCCCCUGGGCUAUGCUGAACAGCUUUUGAGCCUUGCCAUUAUUGUAAUAUUGGCUGAAUCCCUAAGGAAAAAACUCUCCAAAGCAACAAACAAAAAUACUAGUUUAACUGGCACUGUGGUCUAUUAAAAGGCACAAGAACAGUGUGUUUUAACAUUUUGCUGGCUCCCAUGGUGUUAAAGAAGGGAUCCAGUAGAAAUGCCAAAAUUAGGUUUCCGAGUAAUCACUUAUGUCAUUUGGCCAGGAUUUUCUAAUUCUUUACUGUUGGGAUAUUGUGCACUGCUGUCCUUCAGAGCCUUCAUUUGUAGGCGAGAGCUCUGUGUGAUUAUUUAUCUCCUAAGUGACCUGGAAGGCACUUGGUGUCUGUAAGCUGGGCUAUGCUCGUUACCGCAGCCAUGGUGUCCUGGAAAUUCACCCAGUGGUGUUGACCUCACAUAAGCCAGGCGCCCACUGUGGUAUAGGAAGAUAGUUCAUGUGGCUCUAAGUUUUCCUCCAUCAUGAAGUUGGCCUUCAGAAAAGAAAAAAUGACUUCUGAGCGCAGUGAGCCCACCCCAGGUGUCCGCACAGGGCGCUCAGGGGCUCGUCUGCUGCCUGGGUGGAGGGUGUUAAGACUUGAAAUUUCACCAUUGCCUUUUCCUCCCUCUUCCUCUUACCUGGCAGCAGGAAUCCUGUGUCUUUCUGACUCUUAGAAGAGUCUGUGGCUUGUCUUUCAUUAUCGGGGAAAGAGGGGAGGGAGGAGGUAUUCAUCUUGGGAUCAAUUUGGCAGCUUUAAUCUUGAGGUUAAAGUUUCAAGUGGGGUUGAAAAAUCAUCAUUGUCUGUUCUUUUCACUGAGUUGCUAUGGUCAAAUCUGUAAUAAAGUGUUUCACAGUGCUUCCAAACUAGGUGGGAA